AUGGCUGGAGAAUUAGCCACAAAACUCACCACCAUAACCAUGGACAUGUUGAGAACAAUGAUUCUUGGCAUCCUAGGUCGAAGAAAAUCUAUACGAGUUUGGACAAACCGACUCGUUUCCUUAGAUAGGUUGUGGCCUCAAAAAGUUUCCUUUCUUCUGCCGUCACAUCAUGGUCAAGAAGAAGAAGUUUUCAAAGUCUUUGCAACCGUGUCGGCCAAGCUAUAUAACAAAGAAGAGUACACGAAAGAUAAAAAUAAUAUGGAGAAAGACAUGAUCGAGGACGCUAGAUUCAACACGCCGUUGUUGGUUAUCACGGAGGCUUUCGAGGAACUGGCAGAUUUGCUUAAACCACGGAGGCAAAAACGUGGUGAGAUCAGCAGAAACGACGUCGUAUCAAACGAUGGAUUAAGGCUCGAUGCGUUUUGCAGUGCGUGUACUCACGUCUCUGUUCUCUUCGGCUGCCUUGGCUUCGCCUUCAAAUUCGCUGAGAUGGAGUACGUCUCCAAGGUUAGAGAUUUGGUGGAAGCGUCAAGAACGUUUGAUACGUUACAUAACAUUAUUGAUCUAGAUGUUAUGAAUCAAACGGUUAAGACACAAGGAAGCUAUUCACGAAAUCUCCGACGUGUUAGACUAGGUUUAGAUUUGAUCCGAGCCAUCUUCGAACAAUUCUUGAUGACGAACGAGUACUAUUCUUUGAAAGACGCUGCAACAAAAGCUUACACACAAGUAUGCGCACCGUUUCACACGUGGGCCGUUAGAACAGCUGUUUACGCUGGAAUGCAUACACUUCCGACAAGGGACCAGCUUCUGUUACGACUUAAUGAAACAGAUCAAUCUGUGGAGAAGAACAUGAGGAGAUACAUGGAAGCUUCGAGGCCGAUUAUAGAGUAUAUUGACAAGCUUUACAUUGAUAGGAACAUUAAACUGGAUUGGUAGCAAAUUUUGUUACAAAAAGGUUAGUCGCUGGACAUCUAAAAUUGUAGCUUCGUCUUAAGCUCAAUGAUUGUUCUCUCGAUGAUAUUUAAUUCAUUCUCGAAUUUAGAUUUUGGAUUUGAUGGCAAAAUUUUAAAUAGAAAAUAGUAUGAAAAUUAUUGAAUAACAUAGUAUUAUCUU